UUUUUUUUUUAAACCAAGAGAUUGUGGUAGAAAGCUAUAAUUGUAGUUAAACGUCAAUUGAUUUUAGUAAUUUUUGUAUCACAAUUAUGCAUAUUAAAAAUUAAUGACUAUUAACCCAAAAAGUACUAAGCCCAUCAUGGGCAAGUUACCUUUCAACAUGAACGACGCGAAGUAUCCAAUUUCGUAUAUCCAAGGGAAGUAUCUUCUUUUCGAUGUAGAAGCAAUCCAAUAUUUUCGUCAAAAAUAUCAUAUUCUUGGCAUUCUCUCAGGAACGCUACCUCAACUCCCUCAACAGAAUAUUUUUUUGGGUCUUCCUCUUCAGUUGACGAACGAAGAAGUUUAUUACUUAGUUAAUAAUGGCGCAGCUUAUAUUAUUGAUGAUCAGAGAGUGCAUAUAGACUAUUUUAAUGGUUUAGUUGAUGAUGACAGAAAGUUCCUUGCAGAUAAGCGACAAAAGAUGGCCAUAGAGCAAUUGCUGACUACGCGAGCUAAAGAAAACGAAAAGAAGAUAAAAAUUAUGAAAAAAAUAAAUAAGGAAAUUCCUUUAGAUACCUUGGAAUACGAUCCUACUCAACCUGUGAAUUUAACUAUGGUACCAGUUGAUACAAAUACAAAGGAAUUAAAUAGAGACCAUUUAGAGACUUUUUCAUUAGGCUUUCCUGAGAUUAAAAGAAGAAGAUAUUUAAUAUUUGAGUCAUUAGUGAAUAACGGGUUUUUCCUAAAUCCCGGUCUCCGGUUUGGUUGUGAUUUUGUUGCCUAUCCGGGUGAUCCUCUGCGGUUUCAUUCACAUUAUCUUGUGAACGGGUAUAACUGGAACGAUGAAAUUCCCCUUUUGCUACUUAUAGGAGGUGGUCGUCUUGGGACGGGUGUUAAAAAAGCAUGGCUCAUCGGAGGAGAAGAAGAAGAACAAGAGAUGCAUGAUUCAACAGCAUCUGACGAAAACAAUUCAGCUACAACAUAUCGUCAGUUUUCAGUCGAAUGGUCAGGUUUUGGUUGAGCAUUUACAUGAGCUAUCAGGCGCUUAUUUAUUCACUAUAACGUAGCAAAAAACCAAGUACAUUAGGAAAUUAAUUGAACUCAAAAAAAGAAUGGUUAUAAAUUCUAUAUUAUACACUUCUAUCCAAAACAAUUCCAAUGCCUUAAUAGCUUCUACCAAAGAGACCCCAAGCCUUUGCAUGAGAACCACAGGCAGCACACUUCGUAACAUUUUCAACGAUGGCAUCUUCACCGGUGGGUUGUUCCAAAGGAAUGCAAAGACUCUUAGCACCCAUACUAGGAGCCUUUUCAUCUUCAGGUUCGUCACCGUUAACUUGACGAGCACUAUUUUUCUUAAUAUCUUUUUCACAUUUAGUAGUGUUGCACCAAGGAAUGAGAACGAGAUUCUUCUUGUUCAAAGCAGGAACAAACUCUUCCCAUUUCUUAACACGGACAACAUGAGAAUCGAAAUCUCUCUUGGCAGUCUCAUACAUGCUAUUGUGAAUAGUCUUCAACAAGUCAGAAACUCUUUCUUCUAGAUUGUACAAGGGAACAGCAACCUUUUCAGAAGUAUCACGACGGACAGCAGUGACUUGGUUUUUCUUAGCAUCAUUGGGUCCAAAUUCAAGGCGAAGAGGAACACCCUUCAUUUCCCAGUGAGCAAACUUGUAACCAGGAGUAUAAGAACGUAAGUCAGCUUCGGCACGAAUGUCAAAGUCAAUGAGACGGGAAGCGAGUUGUCCACAGAAACCUUCAAUAUUCUUUCGUUCUUCAUCAGUGGUUUUGUUGGUGAUACCACAAGGAACAAUGACGGUUUGAACCAAAGCAACAGGAGGUGGCAACUUCAAACCCUUAUCAUCACCAUGAACCAUGACAGCAACGCCAAUGGUACGAGUGGAAAGACCCCAAGAGUUUUGCCAGACAUGGAGCUUAGGACGCUCUCCAGUGGGACCAACUUCAGCAUUAGGAUCCUCAACGACAAUGUUAAACAUCUUAGAAAAGUUUUGACCAAGACCAUGACUAGUACCACCUUGGAUACCGCGACCAGUAGUAGGAAUGUAACCUUCUACAGUAGUAGUGAACAUACCACCAGCAAACUUUUCAUUUUCACUCUUGACACCUCUGAUAACAGGAACGGCCAACAAAUCACUGUAAACACGAGCAUACAAAUCCAAAAUUUGAUAAACUUCUUCGUUAGCAGAAUCCAAGGUCAAGUGAGCGGUAUGACCUUCUUGCCAAAGGAACUCACGGGUUCUCAAGAAAGGUUGAGGGUUCUUGAAUUCCCAACGAACGACAGAGUUCCAUUGGUUCAAACGGAGAGGAAGAUCACGAUGGCUUCGAAUCCAUUUAGCAUAAUAGGGAUACAUAACAGUUUCGGAGGUAGGACGAAUAGCAAUGGGCUCAUCUAACUCGGUGCUACCAGCGCGAGUAACCCAAGCGACCUCAGGAGCGAAACCUUCAACAUGAUCCUUUUCCUUCUCCAAAACCUUUGAAGACACAAAAAGAGGGAAGUAACCAUUACGAACACCAAGUUUCUUAAUUUGCUUGUCGAACCAUAGUUGAAUAGCCUCCCAGAUGCUAAAAGACCAGGGUUUCAAAAUGUAGCAACCAGAAAUGUCAUAGUACUCAAUCAUGUCACUCUUAGUGAGAACUUGUUGGUACCAGUUAGCGAAAUCUACGUCUUUGCGAACAGUGAUACCAAUCAAAGCGGCGUUUUCAAUGGCGGCAUCAUUCUUCGAAACCUCCGUCUUCUUUUGGGUAGCAUCAGGCUUUGAUGCUUGGGAGGGCUUAGCCGCGGGAGCAGAGAAAUCAACAACGACGGGAGUAGCGCCGAUGGACUUCAAAUAAGUUUCAAUAGCGGCAGCAGAGACGAAAAUAGUCUUCUCGCUAGAAGAAGGGUGGACAGCCAAAAGACCUCCGUGGUUAAUGAGGUUUUUAUCUAAAACAACGUGAACCUUUGCGGCAUUUUGUUCAUUUACAGAGAAAACACCAAUGUCCGCGGGAGGAAUGCCAAAAACCUCUUCCACCAAAUCAGCAGCGGCUAAACGAGCUUCCUUGGCACCGACGGCCUUGGCAGCAGCGCCAGAAGGAGUGGCAGUAGAUUCUAAAGCGACUACAAGAAUAGGAACUACAGUCUGAGACUUGGCAGUUUUUGGCUUCAAAACAACAGUCUUGGUCAAGGCGUGAGCAGGAACAUUGCUCAAAGAAGACAAUGCUUCAGACCAAGCAGAACCAUUCGAGACCUUAGCAUGCUGUAACAAAGUUACCUCUUCAGUAGCAAGCCCUUUCAAUUUCGUAAUUAAACUGUCCACGGACAUUUUAAAGAUGGGAAAAAUUUGGUGGUUCUGUCGAGGUUGGUGAGUCACCAUGACUAUUCCACUUCCAAAUUCUUUAGGACCAAGUGGGGGCGAUACACAAAGGUACUAGAAAAGAAAGUUUUAAAGCAUAAAAGGAUAGACAAAGUUGUUUAGAUAAUGUUAUUAAGUUGAUAUAAAUACAAAAUUCAAUAUAAAAUCAAGCUCAAAAAGAAAAA